AUGAUCGAUUUAUUUUCAAAAUUCAAUGAUAUCAAUUUGCAACUUCAAGGUAACGACCUCAAUCAACUAUAUCUGCCCUCCAAAAAAAAAACUAACUUUAUGGAAUCAGCAUUUUGGUCGCAGCGAACUAUGCCAGUUUCCAGUUCUUCUUUGGAUAAGGAUUUUUCACAACGUUUAGAAGAUAUUUUGUCACUGGAAGUUCCUAAAUGGGUCAUAAAUCCUUUUGUAAAUAUUGAAUCGUCAAAAAUGCAGUAUCAAGAAGAAUUGAAAGACAUUUCUACUUACGAGAUGUUAAAAGCAACUUUUUAG